AUACUAAAUGGCAGAGUAAAUGUUUUCUUGAUGGAGUCAGAAAGAGAACACAGAUGAGGAAGUACAGAAGCAAAGCAUAAAAUAAGAGAGGAACUGUCUCAGCAGGAAGUUGGUAGGGACUUACUGACAAGCACAGACGUGAGACACACUGAAAGGCACAGGAGAGUAAGGACUAUUUACUGAAUAACAGCAAGGCAAAAUCAAGAAAGAUGUGGAGGGCUGCAGUGGGACACAACGUGACUGUGAAUGAAGCAGGAGGAGAUGACUGGGAAACUGACCCUGACUUUGUGAAUGACAUUACAGAAGAGGAACAGCGUUGGGGAGCCAAAACAAUAGCAGGAUCCGGCCGUCCACAGCAUGUAGACAUAAAGCAACUGAGAAACAAUGUUUCCACGGAGCAUGAAAAUCUGAAAAAGAAAGCGCUUCAAGAUGGUCCUCGUGCAUCAUAUGGAUAUGGUGGAAAGUUUGGAACAGAGAAGGACAGGAUGGAUAAGAGUGCUUUGGGCCAUGACUACCAUUCAGAGAUGGAGAAACAUUCCUCACAGACAGAUGCAGCAAAAGGCUUUGGAGGGAAAUACGGGGUACAGAAGGAUCACACAGACAAGUCAGCUGUUGGCUUUGACUAUAAGGCAAAGGUAGAACAGCAUGCUUCCCAGCAAGAUUAUGCCAAAGGAUUUGGAGGGCGAUAUGGUGUACAGACAGAUCGUGUUGAUAAGUCAGCAGUUGGAUUUGAAUACAAGACAGAGUUACAGAAACACUCUUCCCAGAAAGAUCAGUCUCAAGGUUUUGGUGGUAAAUAUGGAAUACAGAAAGAUAGGCAAGAUAAAUCAGCCCACAGCUGGAGUCACAAAGAAGAAUUACAAACUCAUCAAUCUCAGACAGAUUAUACCCAAGGCUUUGGGGGUAAGUUUGGGGUCCAGAAAGACCGACAAGAUAAAUCUGCUCAUAGCUGGAGUCAUAAAGAAGAAGUAAAACCUCACGAAUCACAAACAGAUUAUACCAAAGGAUUUGGAGGACGUUUUGGAGUACAGACUGACCGCAUAGACAAGUGUGCAUCAGGAUUUGGUGAGAUUGAAACCCCCAGCUCUGCUUAUGAGAAGACCCAGCCUUUAGAAGCUAUGACAAGUGGGGCCCAUAAUCUUAGAUCUCGCUUUGAGAACAUGGCCCGAACAGCAGAAGAAGAGAAUAAACAGAAAGCAGAGGAGGAGAGGGUGAGACGACAGAAGAAAGAAAAGCAAGAACAAGAGGUGCAGCGUAACAGAAAGAUUCAUCAGAGUGCUGAGGAUGAAAAUACUCAACCGGUCUCAAGUUCAGUUCCUGUGCCAAUGCCACGUGUUUCUGCAAAGCCACCACCUGAACAGUUUCCUGAAAAAGAGGUAGAGUUGGAUCCAUUAUAUGAGGAACCACCCCCUGUGCCUCCCAAACUCCCUGAUAUAGAGGAUGAGACAGUGCCUAUUCCUCCUGAAACAAAUGAGGAUGAUGAAGAAACAUAUGAAGAUGUUAUAAUCCCAGCAAAUGAAGCAGAGGAAGACUAUGAAGCCAUUCCAGAUCUCCCACCAAGAAAAUUUGAGGAAGACAAUGAGGAGGAUUAUGAAAGUGUUCCAGAUCUCCCAGCUGAUGAGGCUUUGUACGAGGAGCUACCAAAAGAAGAGAGCCCUAUGUUAACUGCAUCAUCUCAAAAUGCCGGCCAGAAAGGUGGCUCAGGAAUCUGUGCUGUUGCUUUGUAUGAUUAUGAAGGAGGUGGGGAUGACGAGAUCUCUUUCCAACCUCAGGAUUUGAUCACUGAAAUAGAUAUGCUGGAUGAGGGCUGGUGGUGUGGAAACUGCGGAGGGCGUCGAGGGCUCUUCCCUGCCAAUUAUGUGGAACUUCAGUGACCUCCUCUGUAGACUUCCAAAGAUGACAUGGAAUUUUUUUUGUCUUCCCAACAGUUAUUACAUUUUGAGCUGUCAUAAUCCUUCUCAAUAAACAUGUAUUCAAUGUAAACAAUAAUCAUAAUAUUUCUUGCAGUUACCCUUUCCGGCAUUAGGGCAGAAACAGAUCUAGGUUAGUGAUGUGCGGGCCGGCCCGAUAACCUGGGGAACCACGGGUUGGGCCGACACAUGCAUAGUGUUCUCAGACCGAGCUCUUCCUGACGCCCAUCCCAAAAAUGACCUAAGUAUGCAUCACUUCCGCUUACGGCAGCAUCUAUUUAUAGACGCACCCCUGCCUGCCCUGCCCCCUCUGUGAUCUCAGAGACAGGGGAGGGUAUAUAAGGGGAAGCGGAGUGAUGGGUUCGGGUCGGAUAGACAAUUUGUCGACCCACACACCACUACUAUAGGUCUAUCCUUUCUCAUGUACCUGUAUUAAGAAUGUCUGCCAAAUAAGCACAUCUAUCAUAGUAUGGCAUGCAUAUUAAGCGUAUUUAUCUUAGCUGCCCUGCCCCAUGUCACAGAGACCUUACUGCAGUGAUGAGGCUAGGGUAAACUUUUGAAGUAAUGUUUUUUAUAGUGAAUUUACAAAACUGUUGACUAUUAAACAUAUACAUAUAUACUGUAUGUUUGGCAACUAUGGGGUGGAUUGUAAAAUAUAUAAAAAAUGAUAUCUCCCUGUACACUCUGCUGAACACUUAUAAGUCCUAACAUCUAUUUUGGAGCAGCUGCCAAAACGUUCUCUGCCAUGUAUUUCUGGGCAUUCUGCAAAUGCCAUUCAUAUUGCAUUUCAAAUAAAUUCAUAAUUAUUUUCCUCUUACAAUAAAUUUGAACUUCAUUCUGCA